AUGAUACGAGAGUUUCUCCUUUCUUUAAAAGAAUGGCUAUUGGGAUUAAAUCUUUUUAAAAAAUCUUCAAGUAAUGAACAAACUCUUGCCAAAGAAUUACUAACCACACGCAUUUUUCUCAUUUCUUUUCUUUGUCUAUUGACUCUUAUUGGUAUUAUUUCAUCAUUAAUCCUUUAUACAGUCAACAAAUCGGAAAGUUCACCACACGUAAAAAGAUUUGAAUAUCUUGUAAGCAAAUAUCCCAAGACAUUAAAUUGUCCCUGUUCAAAAGCUGGAGUUACAUAUUCAACGUUUGUUACAAUCAAUGCCGAAUUUCAUCAAGUAUGUUCAAGUGAAUUUAUUACAAAAUUAUGGAUUGAAACUGUUUUUGCUCAAAAAAAUUCUGAUGGUAUUCAUCGAAUAUUAAGUUUCUUCUGGCAAACUAUUGCAGAUUUUUGCGCAAUUAGUAAACAAUCAUUAAACGCAGCAAUAAUCAAUUUCAAUUCAUCAUUUAUACUUACUCCUAUAGUUAAUUCAAAAGAUGUUAUUGAAAAUCAAGUAUAUUUAGAUCUAAAUGUCUAUAUUCAAGCAAUCAAAACAAAACUUGCACAGUAUUUAUUAGUAAUUCAACGAACUAUCGCUGGUAAUCAAUAUGUUUCUGCUGUAACCAGUAAUUUUUACUUUAUUUCUUUGACGGGAGAACACUCUCUUCGAAUGUCACCAAAAGAAUUAAAUAAUUGUUCAUGUAUGAGAAGCACUGGCUGUCCACAUCCCGCAAUGAUAAAUCAAACAAUUGUUCCUGGAAUGAUCAUGGAUUGUUAUUUAGUAGAUGCAACAUUGUCAUCUACUUUAGAAUGUUAUCAUAAUCAAACAUGUUUUUCUCUUUUACAUCCAUCAAUGCCAAUGAAAUUACUUUCAAAUAAUGUAAAUAAACAAUUUUCAUUGAAUUCAACUAUUCAAUUACUUUUAGAAAAACUUAUGAUUGAUAAUUUAACUAUUAAUAUUAAUUUUGAUUUAUUCUAUGAUCAAUGUAAACCAUUAUUUUGUUCAUAUUCGUAUUCUCAUCGUUUUGAUGUUAUGUUUGUCAUCACGACGUUGAUUAUUAGUUUUAGUGUACUAUCAUUUAUUUUACCACUUAUUUCAAGAUUAAUAGUUAUGAUUAUUUUACGUUGUAAAGGAGUCAACUCAACAAGAGCAGGUAGUUUUCGAGUGAAAGAAAUAAUAAUGAAUAUACGUCGAUCUAUAUAUACAAAUAUAAUUAAUGUAAAUCUUUUUGAAAAUGAACGAAUGAUAGAUGAAAAAUAUGUAUAUGAACAACGUUUUACUACUCGAAUAUUUCUUUCAUUUUUUAUCAUCUUUUUCAUUAUAAUUAGUAUUGUAAUAAUUUUAUCGAAACAAGAACAAUUGAUAACAAUUUCUCAACCAAUGGAAGAAGAAUAUCAAAUAUUAAAUGAAAAAUAUAGUUCAACACUUAUUUGUUCAUGUUCACGAAUCUCUAUUCCAUAUGGAACAUUUCUCGAUGUUACUUUUCUUCUUCAUCAAAUCUGUUCAAGUAAUCUUGUUUCAAUUCAGUGGACUAAUUACUUAUCAUCACUCAAUCCAAUGAAUAUAUCUGAAUGGUUCUUCGAAUAUAUAGCAAAAGAUUUUCGAGACGUUGGUUCUUCUUACUUUGAAUUUCUUCAAAUAUUCUGUCAAUUAGCAAAUCUUACCAUUGAAAAUAGUCAACAAACUUUUCUAUCAACGGAAUUUAUCAGUAAUAAUCUUCUUUCUCCAGAUAUUUUCCAAGAAAAAACAACAGAUCUCAUGGAUACAUUCAUUCAUACGAUUCAAAAUACUUUUCUUGAAAUCUAUCAAUGGCUUCGAAUAAUUAAUACAAUUAAUACCUUUAUAACAGGUACCAAAUCAAAUUUUGAUGGACAUAUAGAAAACGAUCAAGUAAUAUUAACGGAUCCACGUCGUAGUGCAAUUGUCUUUCUCAGAAAUAAUGAAAUAACUGGAGCAGGUGUAUGUAUAUGCUCAACAAUGGGAAAUAUGUGCCCCAUUGGACUUAUGCUCUUUAAAAAUACAUCAAAGUCUGUCAAUCGCCCAUAUUUUUUCCAAGAAGUUUCAUAUGGUUGUUUACCUUGGAAAGGAUUUAUGCGUUCAACAAUUGAUUGGUGGUAUAAUCAAAGUUAUAUCAGUGAUAUUCAAGAUACCUAUGCAACAGUUAUUCCAAAGUUAUUUUCACCAAUUAUAACGGCACUUGAUCGAUCAAUCAAUUCAUCAUUUCACGGAAAAAAUAUGGAAUAUUUAAUAGAAAAUAUGUUUAUUGAAACAAUUGUGAAAAAGAAUGUAAAUUUUAGCACUUUUUACAAUCAAUGUGCACCACGGUCUUGCUCUUAUACAAUUAUUCAACGACGAGAGAUUUCCGUUCUUCUUCUUCUUUUAAUAUCCAUUAGCCAAGGACUUGAUCAAAUUCUUCGCUUAUUUGUACCUUUAUUUAGUCACUUGAUUUUAUUUUUUCUCCUUAAGUUCAUAAGUUCCAAUCGAACAGUAGUACAAACUACAAGUUUUCAACGAUUCAAACGUUUAUUGAAAUGCAUUCAAUAUUUUAAUUUAUUUUCAUCCGAUAAGACAGAUAAAAUUAGUUUACAUUUACAAUUAAUCUAUACACGUGUUUAUAUCGUUCUUUUUAUCAUCGCCUUAGGAACCUUAGUUUUUUACAACUCAGUUAUCGAACGUACUCGUUCAAUAAUAACAUCCAAUCCAAAAAUAACAGAUUAUGAACAGCUUCUACAACUCUAUUCAGAUAAUGUCAAUUGUCCCUGUACACAAAUUGCUAUACCUUAUGCAAAAAUCGUCACUACACUUAAUGUAACAUCAUUCCAUCAAGUAUGUACUAGUUCAUUAUUGGGGAAAAUGAUAGAAACAGGUCGACCUCUGGGAAGUACCACUGGUCCUAGUGGACUGGAAUUUGAUUCUUGGAGGAAAUUAUUUAUGAGUGGUAUCAGCAUUCUUUGCGCUUUAUCGAAGAAUUAUGUCAAGAAUAAUAUUGAAAUAUUUCUUUCAUCAACAAUGUUAGCUUAUCAGAUUAUACCUCGAAAUGUUUUCAACCAACAAAUUAAUAUCACUGUAAGUCACUUUCAAAAUGAAUUACCAAUUAGAUUUAAUCAAACACUUGAACUUAUUCGAGCGAUCAAUCAUGAUAAUGCUUUGAUCGGCAUUUUCCCUUCGAACUGGAAUAUUUUUGUUGCAGAUAAUAAUAUUUCAUUUGUUACUGAUCCUGUAAUAUAUAACUUUACAAAUACAAAUACAACAUGUUCAUGUGCAACUGAACGAUCUUGUUCUAUGCCAGUAGUUAUCUAUGAUUUCGGAAGAAGAGUAUAUGUUAACUCGCCUGAAGGUGUUGUAUAUAGUUGUUCAUUGGUCGAAGCAAUUCUUCAUUCGUCAUUAUUUUGUUUUUAUUCAAAAACAUGUGUUCUUCAAUACCGAAAAUUAGCAAAUAUAUUACCUCUUUCAAGCGAAUGGUCUGAUCUAAUUACUAAAAACAUUUUCAAUUCAUCAUUGACUCGUUUUGCAAUAAAUGAUACAAUUGAAACAAUGGUCUCUUCUAUGUUUAUUGAAUCAUGGUCAAGUAAUACAUCCUAUGAAAAUUUCUUUGAAACUUGUUCACCAUCUCAAUGUAUUGGUACUUAUCAUUAUCGAUUUGAUACUAUGGCAAUAUUUACUACCAUCUUAAGUGUCUAUGCUGGUUUAACUUUCAUAUUAAGAUUUUUAGUUCCAUAUUUAAUCAGGAUUAUUAAUAAGAUUCGACAUUGUAAUCGUGUUCAAACGAUAAAUACUUCUUAA